AUGUCACCGCUGCCUUUACCAUGUCAUCGCUGCCGUAACCAUGUCACCGCUGCCGUGACCAUCAACUUGGUCAGCACCUUGGUCACCACUUUGGUCAGCACAUUGGUCAACACUUUGGUCAUGGCAUUGGGCAGCACAUUGGUCAGCACUUUGGUCAGGUGCUUGGUCACCACUUUGGUUAACACUUUGGUCAUGGCAUUGGUCAGCACGUUGGUCAACACAUUGGUCAGCACAUUGGUCAACACUUUGGUCAUGGCAUUGGUCACCACUUUGGUCAUGGCAUUGGUCAACACUUUGGUCAGCACAUUGGUCAGCACUUAG